AUGUGCGCGUUGCAUGGAGAAAGGCGAGAGAAAGAGCAGAUCGCCCUGCUCUCCGUGAAGCCGCCCCUCUGGAGGUCCCAGCAGAAGUGCAUUGUGAUCUUUGCCCUGGUGUGCUGCUUUGCCAUUCUCGUGGCAUUGAUAUUUUCGGCUGUGGACAUCAUGGGAGAGGAUGAGGAUGGACUCUCAGAAAAAAAUUGUCAAAAUAAAUGUCGAAUUGCCCUGGUGGAAAAUAUUCCUGAAGGCCUUAACUAUUCAGAAAAUGCACCAUUUCACUUACCACUUUUCCAAGGCUGGAUGAAUUUACUCGACAUGGCCAGAAAGUCUGUUGACAUAGUGUCUUCCCAUUGGGACCUCAACCACAGUCAUCCAUCAGCAUGUCAGGGUCAGCGUCUUUUUGAAAAGUUGCUCCAAUUGACAUCACAGAAUAUUGAAAUCAAGCUAGUGAGUGAUGUAACAGCUGAUUCAAAGGUAUUAGAAGCCUUGAAAUUAAAGGGAGCUGAGGUGACCUACAUGAACAUGAGCGCCUACAACAAGGGCCGGCUGCAGUCCUCCUUCUGGAUUGUGGACAAGCAGCACGUUUACAUCGGCAGUGCGGGUCUGGACUGGCAAUCCCUGGGACAGAUGAAAGAACUCGGUGUCAUCUUCUACAACUGCAGCUGCCUGGUCCUCGAUCUGCAGAGGAUAUUCGCUUUAUACAGCUCAUUAAAAUUCAAGAGCAGAGUGCCUCUGACCUGGUCCAAGAGGCUCUAUGGGGUCUAUGACAAUGAAAAGAAAUUGCAGCUUCAGUUGAACGAAACCAAAUCUCAAGCGUUCGUGUCGAAUUCUCCCAAACUCUUUUGCCCUAAAAACAGAAGCUUUGACAUAGACGCCAUCUACAGCGUGAUAGAUGACGCCAAGCAGUAUGUGUACAUCGCGGUCACGGACUACUUGCCCAUCUCCAGCACAAGCACCGGAAGGACUUACUGGCCAGAUCUGGAUGGGAAGAUAAGAGAAGCAUUAGUUUUGCGAAGCGUUAAAGUUCGACUCCUUAUAAGCUUCUGGAAGGAAACUGAUCCCCUUACAUUUAACUUUAUUUCAUCUCUUAAAGCUAUUUGCACUGAAAUAGCCAACUGCAGUUUGAAAGUUAAGUUUUUUGAUCUGGAAAGAGAAAAUGUUUGUGCUACAAAGGAACAAAAGGAUCACACCUUUCCUAAAUUAAAUCGCAACAAGUACAUGGUGACAGAUGGCGCAGCUUACAUUGGAAAUUUUGACUGGGUGGGGAAUGAUUUUACCCAGAAUGCUGGCACAGGCCUUGUUAUCAACCAAGCAGAUGUGAGGAACAACACGAGCAUCAUUAAGCAACUGAAAGACGUGUUUGAGAGGGACUGGUACUCACCCUAUGCCAGAAACUUCCAGCCAACCAAACAGCCGAACUGCUCAAGCCUGUUGAAACUCAGACCCUCCUCAAACAAAACUGCCACGUACAACGUGAGUGGGAAGGACGCUGCGAGUGCAUAACAUGAAAGAAUAGACUGACAGGACACUUCGUAUUUCAUAUUUAUACCAAAAGGACUUGAGGAGAGAAAAAAUAAUUUAAUAUGUCUUUUUUAGGGGAAAAGCACACAUAAAAAAUAUUCUCUGAACGACGUGUAAUACCUUAUCUAACAAUAUCUU